GAGCGAGUCGCGGAGCAGGCAGAGAUCGGAGGUGGAUAUCGCGACCUCGUCUCCUGCUGUCCCAGACACACCGCGCCGUCAACAUCACUCGGAUAAAACCCAACACGCAAACAACCAAUAUCGGGGUUUCUCGGCAGUUGUCUUCCGUUAUUCGCCUGCAGCGCAAACAUAAAGAGCUGCUGCUGCUGUUGUAUUGUGGACAAAGAUUCCCCGUGUCGUCGUCGUACAGGCUGCUGGGAGCAACCGCAGCAACACGCGCGCGACGGUGUCACCUCGACAGCUUCAACUCUGGCAACCUCCAGCUGAGCGGCCGUCCGUUCGUGGCACAAACUCGGAACAGAAACGUAACGAGAAAUACAAAAAAAAAACACCUGGUGGUGGCGGCAGCAUCCUCCUCAUCCUCCCCAUCAGCAGCAAGCAGGCAAGCGGUGACAUCCUCGUCCGUGCCAAAGACGAAAGGAUCGUUCUCCCCGCGUGCGUAACGCCGCCCGUCGAGAAUCGUGGACGGGGACCUCGAAAUUCUGCGAACCAACGAUGUACGAGAUGGACUCCCUGUCGCCUCCGUCUCCCUCGAGGAGUCUCGUGACGGACGAGGAGGAAGAGGCUCCCCUGGGGAGAUACCGGAGCCCCAUUGGAGGGGGGGCGGCGGCGGCGGUGAGGAAGCGGUCGGGGCUUCGCGGCGACUCGGCCGUCACUCCGGGAUGCAAGAAGGGCAAGCGAAGCGCCGCUGGCGGCGUCAACGGAUCAAUGGGCCAUCAUCAACAGCUGCUGCUGCUACAGACAAACCAUCACCAGCUGCCGCAACAGCAGAAUCGGCAGGACAGCGACCACCAGCAACAGCAGCUGCAGCAUCAUCCGGAGCAUCAUCAUCAUCAGCAGCAGAAUCAAAAUGAACCGGAAUCGCAAAACCAGCGUUUCGUGGCAAACGUGAGAGAGAGGCAGCGUACGCAGUCGCUCAACGACGCGUUCGCCUCGCUGCGCAAGAUCAUCCCGACGUUGCCCUCGGACAAGCUGAGCAAGAUCCAGACUCUGAAGCUCGCGGCGAGGUACAUCGACUUCCUCUACCAGGUGCUGCAGAGCGACGCGGCCGAGGGAAGGGUGGCGGUGGCGGCGGCGGCUCCCAGCUGCAGCUACGCGGCCACGGAGCGCCUGAGCUACGCCUUCUCCGUCUGGAGGAUGGAGGGAGCCUGGUCCAUGUCAGCGUCGCAUUGAUGGAGGGUCGUGCUGGUUGGUUGGUGGUGGUGAGGAGUGGUGGUGGUGGUAUUCUUAGGUUUUUUUCGGUAAAGUCACG